AUGUCUAGUCCACCUCACGAGGCCGAUACAAGCAGCGCGAGCAGCUCGGACGAUGAGCUGCUGCAUGAUGAGCCGCUCCAGGUCGCCGUUGUCGCCGCUGAAAUGGCAGAAAACGAACAAGAAGAUCGUCAAUGGCGCCGCUUUUUCAUGAGGAGUUUGGCUCUGACAUGCGCGAUGUCAUUGAGCAUCGGCUCACAUUUUGGGUCGUAUUUUCUUGGGCCGCUCAAGUCUAGACUCUCCAGGGAGAUCGGCACAUCCAAUGCACAAUUCUCCCUCCUGAUUGCAGCAUUCGAUCUGAACAGUACUUGGACACCUCUUGUUGGUGGCUUGCUCGUCUGCAAGUUUGGAACCAAGUAUGCGUCCAUCGCGGCGACGACCAUUAUCCUCCUAGGGCAGACCAUCCUGCUUAUUGGGGAUCUCUCAGGCAGUGUAGUGUGCAUGUCCGUCGGUCUUUUCACCUUCGGACUUGGCGUCAGCCCGUUGGCUGUUGUUCAGGAGGCCAUCGUUGUCCGCUUCUUCGCAUCGCACGGUCUCGGCGUUUCUCUCGCCAUUGGAUUAAUCGCUGGCAAGGGCGCCUCCUUUGUCUCCGCACGAAUAUCAUAUCCGCUCUCGCAGACCUGGGGCUCACAUGCUCCAUUCGUCCUUGCAACACUCCUCGCUUUGUUCUCCUUUGGCGUCAACAUCAUCUAUCUGCUGUGUUCUUCAUGGCUUGCAAAGGGCGCCGGGAUCAAGCUUGAACCCGGCGAGGAAGAAAAAGAGUCGGCUGUCCCGGGCGCGCGGAUGAGCGCCCGCGACGCAACUGCAAAGGUCACGGAAAAGAGGACCGUCCGGCUUAGAGACAUGCAACGAUUUGGGGACGUCUUCUGGCUCUAUCUCGCGAUCAAUAUUCUAUGCGGCGCCAUCUGGUCUCCUUUUACGCAUCUUGCUGCGAACAUGAUUCAACACAGGUACAACCUGUCAGAAGCCGAGGCAAGUGACCAGGCCUCACUCUUGCUCGCCGGCAGCCUCUUCCUCUAUCCAAUCGCUGGACUGCUCACGGAUAGGCUGAAGCAUGGAUCCACCGUAUUCAUUCUUUUCGCCAUAUCCUCAUUGCUCACCCUAUUCUGCUACGGAUGGCUAGUUUUACCACCUACAUGGACCGUCUCGCCAAUGCCUGCAAUGCUGUCCUUCAGCGGAGGGCACGGAUUCUCCACCUUGCUACUGGUCAUUCUUGUGCCGCAUAUCCUCCCGCUUAGUCACGUACCGACUGGCCUCGGUGCCCACAAGAGUAUUGAAAAGGCCGGUUCUACAAUUUCACAAACUCUUGCAGGCCUCAUUUUGGAUGUCAAAGGACAGAAACAUGCUGCAAAUUCCGACAAGGCUCAUUUAGACAAUGGGGGCGAUGGCAACUCGCUGCACUCUAUCCAAAUCCUCCUCACCAUUUUCUUUAUCAUCAAUGUCGUCCAAUUCUUUGGCACACUCGUUCUGUGGCGGGAUGGGUCGCAUCUCCAAUCCCACCCACGACACAAUUCAACGUCCACCUACCGCCCCGUCCCCUCAGAUGACGACGCGACGAGCCCGACAUCUCGUCGACACAGCCAGCUUCCAACGCAAGUAUCUGGAUCAGCCAUUCUUUCCGACGAAGAAGAGGCCUUGAUACCUCAAUCAAGUCGGAGGAGCGACGGGGCUCGACUCGCUGGUCGUCUUCGGGGUGACGGCAGCUGGGGUCGUCGCACGAAGCCCCUCUUGCUCAAUCCCGAUGCUCCUCACAUAAACUAUCAUUCCAGCUCUCCGAUCUUGGCGCAUCCAGUUCGGAACCGCAACCACCCAAGUCUUGUUCGCUCUACGCGACAACGAAGGCGGGGGAAGAUUUACAUGAUGUCCUACAUUGGCGUCAUAGUCGCGACCUGGCUGAUUUUCCUCACCACUGCUGCAAUCAAGUUGAAGGGCAAGAAGCCCUAG